AAGCUAACCUAGAGUUAUUUUUAAAGCAAUUUUGAAAUGUCAGAUAAACCCAUUAAACGUCCAGGGGUGGGUGUUGGGGUGCUGGUGACGGACUCGUCCCAUCCAGGCUGUGUUCUCCUGGGGAAACGGAGGAGCGCGGUGGGGAGAGGGACUUAUCAGCUGCCCGGCGGUCACCUGGAGUUCGGAGAAACGUGGGAGGAAUGUGCUCACAGAGAAGUGUUGGAGGAAGCCGGAGUCCACUUGGCGAACAUCCGCUUCGCUUCAGUCCUGAACUCCAUCAGACGGGAAGAACAGUACCACUAUGUCACCAUAAUCAUGCAGGGAGAGCUGGACCGGAGCCAGUCGGGGGAGCCGGAGAACCUGGAGCCAGAGAAGAACGAAGGCUGGACGUGGACACGCUGGGAACAGUUCCCUCCGGAGGAGAAGCUCUUCAUGCCGCUCGCCGGUCUGAGACAACAAGGUUUCCAUCCGUUCAGGAAGGAAGAAACCUGAGUCUGCUUUUAACUCAGACAUCCCUCUUUCAUUUACUAGAUCAGGGGUCGGCAACCCGCGGCUCCAGAGCCGCAUGCGGCUCUUUAGCACCGCCGUAGUGGCUCCUGGAGCUUUUUCAAAAAUGUUUGACCUUUUUUUUUUCCUUUUUCUUCUUUCUUCUUUUUUUCCUUUUCUCAACAUUUCGACUUUUUUCUUGAAAUUUUGACUUUUUUCUCAACAUUUCGACUUUUUACUCGACAUUUUGACUUUUUUCUCGACAUUUCGACUUUUUUCUCAACAUUUUGACUAUUU